CGACAAGGUGGUUGUAUUGACUGAAAUAAGUGUCAUAGUGUGUUUUCAAAGCAUGUUUUGCCAAAACAAGACGCUAGACGUUUCUUGAAUCUUCUCCAGUUUCGUUAAAGGGAAAGAAAAAGCGGGAUUGCCAACAAAUUAAAGAACUAGAGUGAAGGAUCGACGACACUGAAGAAAAUCCUCAGGCAAACCUCAAAAAUCAAAGUUUUUUUGCCAUGGCCGUUUCAAUGAAGCCGUCGUGGUCCGAGUUUGCGUCGAACAGCACUCUACACGGACUUCGUUACGUAGUCGGAGUCUCAUCGUGGUGUCGUAGAUCAUCUUGGCUUUUCUGUAUACUAACUGUAACCGGGAUUUAUUUAUAUUUCCUCGCAGAAAGCGUCCAACAAUACGUCUCAAAACCCAUCAACACUCACACAUCUCAUGAGUUCCCAGAAGAUGGGAUGAAUUUUCCGUUGGUAACUAUUUGUAAUCGUAAUGCUGUCAUGAAGUCCAAAGCAGACAUCGGAUACGAUGACGAAAGAUUCAAAAAACUCAAACUCGAUUUACCCGCCUGCGAUACCAUAAGACAUGUCAGCGGUAACCUCACAUGCGGACAGGCGCUUCUGUGUGCCUAUCAUAAAUAUGGAUCGAACGUCGUCGAAAACUGUGACAAUAAUAUGGUAGACAAACUGCGCAAUGCUUUGAACACAUCUUCAAGAAUAUUCAACCCAGAGGAAUUCCUGCGAGUCUACGGCCAUGACAUCGAAACCAUGGUAGUCAGCUAUUGCCGCUUCUCUACAGAUUACGUGUGCUCUGAUAAAGAUUUUCAGCCCGUCAUGAGCCCCAAGGGUCUGUGUUAUGAGUUCAAGCCCAAAACUAAGGAUGGUCGGCCACUCAAAGUCCAGUACACAGGAGGGGAUGGAGCGUUGAAUGUUGUUCUUGACACCCAAACAAACGAAGGUACAUUUGGGGAUUGGUCCAUUGGUUUUCUAGCGAUUGUGACGUGGUAUGGUGAAGUGGCCAAUCGGAAUCGAGGAUUCAACGUCUUUCCUGGCUCACACGCUAUCGUUGGUGUAAUACCUAAAAUGGUUAAGCGCCUACCAGCACCCUACAAAACCAACUGUUCUGAGAGACAUCUGCCCGGUUAUACAUUAUACACCAAAGAUGCUUGUGUUGCACAGUGUUUUAACAACGCCACCAUCGCAGCAUGUGGCUGUAGAUUAGAAGGUGAACCAGGAUUUCCUGACAUUCCAGUCUGCAGUAUUCAAGAUGCCCAAUGUCGUACAAAAGCCCAAGAAAAUACCAAUUUAGCUGCCUGCUGGUGUUCCAUGCCAUGCAUGGAGAGAUAUUUUGAAACCACGAUUUCCUACUCAAAGUUCCCUAAUAAAGUUGGCAUCUCCAUCAUACAGAAAAGAUUCAAGCUUAACAGAUCUGAAGAGUAUAUAAGGAAUAACCUUGUUUAUCUACAAAUCGGUUUCGUGGAGUUGGCUUAUCAAGUAGACGAACAGAUUCCGGCAUAUGGACCGAGCAGCCUUUUCGGUGAUAUUGGUGGCAACAUGGGUCUAUUUCUUGGCUGUAGUCUUCUCACAGUAGUUGAAUUCCUAGAUCACAUAUGUAUUUUGCUUCUGAACAAAGUGCGAGGUGAUAAAAAGACUAAUGAUAUUCACAAUAAUCAAAGUACUUCAACUUUGUCCACCUAGAUCAGCCUUUGUCAGACUCAAACAAUUCUCCAGGAUUACCUGGGUAUUGACUGGAUGUGAUGCAAAUUAUCCUAGCUAUGCUUGCUAAAUGAGAAGACAAAGAGAGAUAAAAUGAAAGGCACAUUACUUUAGUUUUCUCAAGUGUGUGAUGAAUGCAAAUUAAUGAUAUGCCAUUUUGCAUAGCUUAAAGUGAAAGCCAAGGAUGACAAAAAAAUUGAGCAUUUAUAAGUCAUCAAAGACACCACAUAAAAGCAAAAUUACACAAGAAAAUCUUUCAAUUUAAUAACUUUCCAUUUACUUAAAGCCAGGUUCUUAUUAGUGAUGUAAGCCAAAGCAAGCAUUAGCAUAAGCGCAAGCCAGAGCAAAAAGAAAAUCUUUCAUUUUCUUGCACUGGCAUUACUUUAUUUCAUAGUGAGAACGUGGAGUUAUGCCUGCUUCCUUCAGGCUUGCAUCAGUUUGCAUCGCUAAUGACAAUCAGGCUUAAGAUGGCAUUACAAUUCUAAAUUUAUUGUUUAAGUUAACAAUAUUAGAUUAAUAAAUAGCCAAUAUGCCAGA